UAAUUCGGGCAUCAUCACAUUAAAGCUGAUCAGCGAUCGGCCGUCCUGUCGAAAGGCACGACGAGUUAUUCACAAAUAGUUAGUUCUGCUUUUAUCGCUCCGCCCGAGGCCGUGAUCCAUUAAUCGUCUUGCCCUUAAUCACCGGGCGAAUCAGACGAGAGCUGCAAGUUGGGCGCAACUUUGAAUCCGGUACCGGCGAGCGUCGUUUGACGCUUCCCAAACAUCCCACAGUCUAAAAGGGAGCGGGGUUUAAGAUAGGUAAAGUAAAUACGACGACUUUCCGCGGAACAGAUAUCGAUUUGUAGACACUUUUGUCCAAAGCGCGCGGAUGAGGACCGCUCCGGGAGAGUAGGACAACGACCGAGCGAAGAAAACGCGUUCAGUCUUUAGUCUAGGCUGCGACCGGACAGAGACCUGAGGUUUAUGUUGAUACGGUCCGUCCAUUCUUCUUUAAUCUCAGUGCUUUAAGCUGAUUUAUGUUCGAUCCGCUGCCCACUCGAGCAGUUCAAAGCGCGCCUCGAUGCGCGUAAUUGUUGCACUCAGUCGGAGUAUUGAAGGGUUCGGUCCAGCGCCUGAUGCCCAUCCGAACUGCCUGACAAGUUCAAAUUAACAACUGGACAUCUGAUUAUCUUCAGUUUACCUGACACCUUUCGAUCAAUGGGGGACCUGGAUAAGUGUUCUCUUGGGGAUCGCGCUUUCUGUUAAACUCAUACCGCACUGCUUAUAUUGAAAUCGGUACACCUUAAACAAAACUAUGAUGUUUUUCAAAUCGCUUUUUCCACUGAUGUCCAUCGUUUUGAUACAAGGUGUUCAUGGUCAGAUGGUCCAGAUGGACAGCAGUAAGUCAGGAUUUGUGGGCUCACAGGUAGAGCUACGCUGUCAGUUUGUCAACAGCAACCCACCUGUAAAAAUCUCUCAGGUCACGUGGCAGAAGCUGGUCAACGGCACUAAGCAGAACGUCGCCAUCGCCAAUCCAGCCCUGGGGGUGUCCGUACUGAACCCCUUCAAAGAGCGUGUGCGCUUCAAGAACCCUGCCGUCCGCCAGCGCACGCCUUCCCUGGAGGACACCACCAUCGUCUUCAACAAACUAAAACUGACAGAUGAAUCCACCUACAUCUGCGAGUACACAACCUUCCCAGCUGGCAACAGGGAGAACAUGGUUAAUCUCACUGUUUAUGCUCGCCCUAUGAUCCAGAUGAGUCUUUCCACACCCUCAAUAGUGGCAGGAACCAAAGAUCUGAAGAUGACUGUUGCCACGUGCGUUUCUGCCAAUGGGAAGCCACCAAGUGUGAUCACAUGGGAAACUGAUUUAAAUGGAGAAUCCAACACCCAGGAGAUACGCAACCCUGAUGGGACUGUUACAGUGCGCAGUGAUUACUUGGUGGUUCCCAGUCGAGAAAUACACCAACAGUUGCUCACCUGCGUCUCCACAUAUAAUGAGGAACAAUACACAGACAGUGUUACACUCAACAUUCAGUAUGAACCAGAGGUGAUAAUAGAAGGCUUCGAUGGGAACUGGUAUUUGAACAGAGAAAAUGUCCAGCUCACCUGCUUGGCUGAUGCCAACCCAUCCAUCUCAUUGUUUCAGUGGAGAUACUUGAAUGGAACUAUGCCGAGCACAGCAGAGCUUCGUGACGAUGUGCUGAUCUUUAAAGGUCCUGUAACCUAUGACCUCGCAGGCACGUACGUCUGUGACGCCAGCAACAGCAUCGGCACAGGAUCUGCGUCCGUCGAAGUCAUUGUCACAGAAUUCCCUAGCUAUCCACACGAGGUGUCUCAGGAGCCACAGCAAGCUUUCGCCAUCAUUGGUGGAGCUGUUGUUUGUGGCACAGUGCUGUUGGCUGCCAUUACGCUGCUGGUAGUGUUUUUAUACCGCCGGAGAUGCAUGUUUAAAGGAGAUUACAGUACCAAGAAGCAAAUCCUUGGAAAUGGUUACAGCAAGGCUGGCAUCGUGCCGUCACACCCCUCAUUACCUCACAAUCUGACCUUCUCCGAAGACUCAGAUGAAGAGAAGAAGCUGGAAAUUUAUAGAGGCUCCAGUAUCUUAGGAAGAAACGUUCAGGAGUUCCACAACUGCCAUGACAGCCAAAUGAAGGCCUACCACAUGGGACUGAUCGAGGACCAUGAGAGAUGUGGACAUAGUGAGCAGACUUAUAUUUAUGAUUACGGAUCUGAGGUGGAGGUUUCAGUGGACAUGAUUCCUCAGAUGGACGGCUCCGUCAUCUCUAAAGAAGAGUGGUAUGUCUAGGACUCAAGACUUUGAGCUUCUCAGCAUGGGCUUUUCGGCAUCUUCUUGUUCCUUCUCAUCUUCUUCCUUUUGAAACAGGGUUUGGGAUCCACACUGACAAUGGAUUCAAUUCAUCUAGAGAACAUUGUUGACAUGAAAAUUUAAGCUGAUGAUGGAUGUUUAGAGAUUGACCAACGAAUGGUCAUGUUGCUGAUGUUGCCUGAUAAAAUAUCUCUGUUUCAAAACCUUGUGAGCUGUUUACAGCAGUUAUCGUAAUUAUGCAUAGCCUCUGGAAAUCCCUCAUUUUAGUCACAUUCUAAAUAAGUUAGAUUUCUACUUAAAAAUAGCAAUAUACAUAUUUAAGUAUAAUUAUUUUACCAAAUAUUUGUGCUUGUAUAUGUGUACUGUGCUGUGAGCUUAGCAACAGGCUAACUUUAAACUCUAUUGAAAUUGCUAUUGAUUUGUGUUCUUCUUUACCCUUUACAAAAUUAACCAGUGUUUUACUACACUAAUUAGUUUAACCAUGGUAUUGAAAAGCUGAGGAAAAUAAGUUUUCCAUAUGGUUUGGACAAUAUUUGGCCCACAUACAACUAUUUUAAAAUUUGGAAUCUAAAUAUAGCCUAGAGAAAAUCUUAAACUAAAAUUAAACUAAAUUAAAGUUGUCCAAAUGAAGGCCUUCGUAAUACAUUAUUACUCCAAGACGUUUUGAUAUAUGGAAAUUUACAAUAUAUAUAAAAUAGAACAGGAUCCUUAUGUUGUUUAGGAUCCUGGCUUACAGGGUUUUCGAAUAGUGCUGUUAGCUUAGCAACAUGCUAAGUUCAAAAUGUAUUGGAAUCGGUUGUAAGUUGUGUUAAAACUGUGCAAUGUGUCAUGUGACACACUUAAUUUCUACCCAUGUUCAUGUUGAAUCACAAGGCUUUGUUACAGUGUUAUUAGCUUAGCAACAUGCUAACUUCAUAAAAAUCAUUGGCUUGUGUUCUGUGCGGAGUGUGAAGUUAGCAUGCUGUUUGCUUAGCAACAUGCUAACUUCAAAAUCUACUGAAAUUGUAAUUUAGGACAGAGCACAAUUUACGUGGGACUAAGUUUCUAUGAUGGUGUCCUAAAUCAGUUAUUUUCCAUUACACUUAGGACACUGACUCACUAGGUUUUGUAACAGAGUUAUCUCUAACAUAAACUAGGCAUUUGGAAGAGAAUACAUGUCUUGACAGUGCCGUUGUAUUGAGAAAGAAUUUUCGCCUCGGGAUAGUGUUUACUUAAGAGCAGUUGAAACUUCACUUAUAAAUUGUGAACAUCUUACACUGUGUAUAUAAUUUUGUGCAUGAUUCAUGGAGACUUUGUUUCAUCAGAUACUGUGUUUUUUGUUUAUUGAAUUUCUGGCUGCUGAAAUCACAAGUUGUAUAAUACAGUACAACAAACUGCACUGCAGUAGUAAAAUACCACCUAUAAAGAAUAUAGACGUGUAUAUAAACACACAAUCACACAAGUAAAAUAUUGUUGUAGCUUUUAUCAGUGAUUCUCUGUGUCUCAGUGGCUGGAAUCUACAAUAUGACUUCUUAUGAGUUAUUUAAGAUGUUAUAAAAAAACAUUGUACUAUAUAAGUGCUUCGAAAUGCUAAAUUAUUUCAUUUUCAUGACGCAGAGGAACAAACUGGUUGAAUGUUACAUUGGUCUCUUGCAAGUGGUGUUCAGUUAAUGUACUGUACUUCCAUAUGACGUGCUGUAAAAUUUCUAAUACAAUGUGUUUUGUGCUAAUUGGAAAUAGUGUUUUUUUAUUUGUAGAUUUAUUCUAGCAGCAAAGAGGUCAUUCUCACAAUAAUGAUGGAAAUUGCCCUAAUGGUCCAGUAACAGAAAUCUGUUAACAUUGCUUAAUUUAUUCAGGAAACUGUUGAGGUGUUUUUAUAUCCUUUAUGAGUUAAACCUUAUCAUGCUGCCAAGAACAACAUAUUCAGAUACAUGGUGUUUGCUUUUUGCUGUUCUUCUGUAAUUUGUAUUUAUUGUGAAAUCACAAGUGUUAAUGAGUCUUGUGAAUUCUCUGCUGACGUAAAUAUAAAUGUAUAAAUCAAUUCAGUUACGAUCAAGAUUUACCUAUAGUGACUUCUUUGUCUCAUUAUGAAUAAUGUUUUGCUUCUAAUAUAUCAGAAUCAAUAAAUGAAUAAGCACA